AUGAACGGAAGGAGAAACAUGUCGAGUUAUAAAAAAUCGACAAAAAUGCCCAAAACUCAGGAUAAAAGUGCCCAAGUAGCUCAGACUAACACAUGUCUGAAGCAAACUAACGACAACGUGGCUAGCUCGGAAGCUGAGAGCCCUGGAACGAACAUGGACUCGGAGGGAAUAAUUAAGGCUAUCGAUGAUUUGAAGACUGCUUUAAAGGGUGAUAAUGCAAAGCUGCAACAAAAUAUUGACCAUCUGGGACAUGAGAUCAACGGUAAGCUGGACAAUAUUGCUACUGAGGUCCAGGGCCUGACAGAGCGGGUUGACGAGGCGGAGACCCGUGUUCAUCAGCCGGCGGAGAGCAGCGGCGCGGCGCUCGCGCUGAGAGCCAAGAACAAACUGCAGGAUUUCCAGCGGAGCAUGGCCGAGUGA